AUGGAACACAAGAGGCGACGGAUCGGAUCGCUGCCAGGCGAGCAAACGCUUCCGCAGCUGCAGCAGCAAGGCGGACAGCAGGACUACUACGCGCUGCUCGAGCUCUCGCCCGGUGCCGAUUUCGACGCCAUCAAGCAUGCCUACCACAAGCUGGCCCUCAAGUACCACCCCGACCGCAACAAGGGCAACGAGGUCGAGUGCGAGACCAAGUUCAAGGAGCUGGCCGCCGCCUACGCUGUGCUCUCCGACCCCGAGAAGCGGAGCCAGUACGACGCGAGCCACCAGGCCCGGUUCUGGGGCCAGAGCAACGACCUGCGCGAGGUCUUCAACCAGUUCGUCUCCUCGGGCAGCACCGGCUCCUUCUCCGACUUCUUCGGCUCCUUCUCCUCGCGCUCCUUCACCUCGCGCUCCUCGGCGUCGGCCGCCGUGUUCGGCCAGCAGGGCUCGUUCAGCUUCAACAAGAAGCGGCCGCCGUCCAAGGGCCAGAACCUGCGAACGACGCUGCAGGUGACGUUCAACGAAAGCGUGGUGGGCUGCACGAAGACGAUCGCGCUCAAGACGCUGGGGGUCGUGGUGGACGAGACGACCAAGUGCAAGUGCUGCCACCAUGGCCGCGUCCACCAGACCAAGGAGCUCCGCAUCGAGGUGCCGGCCGGCGUGAUGAAGAACAUGCGCAAGAUCUACGAGGGCGAGGGCGACGUCGGCGAGUACGGCGGUGUGGCCGGCGACCUCAUCGUCGUGUUCGACGUCGAGGACUCGCCCGUAUUCACCCGCGAGGGCGACGACGCCACGUGCGACGCCAGCGUCACCUUCUUCCAGGCCGCCCUGGGCGCCCGCCUGGCCGUGCCGGGCCUCUACGGCCAGCUCCUGCGACUCGAUAUCCCCGCCGGCACCCAGCCGCACGACGUGCUGCGACUCGACGACGAGGGCUUCGUCAACGUCGCCACCCGCAAGCGGGGCCACCUCUACGUGCGCGUGGUGCUCGACAUCCCCAAGGCCCUCACCCCGCUCCAGGCCGACCUCCUCGCCCGCGCCCAGCACCAGUGGGACGCGGUCACCACCACCACCGCCACCACCACGACCACCGACGCGCCCUACGACGAGCCCACGACGACGAUGCCCUCCGAGGCCUCGACGGACUACUAUGGUGAUGACGUGACAUCGUCGAGCGGCCUCGGCAGCGGCGACGGUGAGGUCCACGGCGGCGGCGGCUUCGAUUCGACGCCACACCUGGCCGAGGGCGAUGACGUGGGUGUCGGUGGAGGGCCGAUGGUGGAGGAGAACAACGCGGGCUUCGGCUACAGCGACGAUGCCACGGCGACAACGGGGACAACGACAACGACGAUGCCGUUGCACACGCCAAUGCCAAUGCCGACGACCACGCCCGACGCGCCAACGAUCAUCGCCAACGGCCUGCACCAUCAUCACCACAUUCAUCACCACAUUGCCAACCUCAACAACAUCAGCAUCGACAUCAACGCGGCGGCGAACGGCGUCGGCGGCUACGAGUGCAGCUAG